UUUCUACAACAGUCUAUCAUUAUUGAACAUCUCAUCUCAGCAUCAAACCAUGUCUGUUAUGUUUACAUUUUGAUUUGAAUUGAGCUUUGUGUGUUGUGGAAAGUUAGACUAGUUAAUAAAAUACGUACAUGAAAUCAUGAUUUCGGGCUUAAGAUUUCGUUCAAAAACAUUUUGUAGACUCUUUUAUAGGAGUAAUAAAAUUCUUACAUCAAAUACAUACAAUUCUGAUCCGAAUGAUAAUCAUUGUAAUAAGCAUGUAGAAAAUUUGAUGAAAAGCACUACAUUUGAUGAGAUACAAAAUCAUUCUCAGAGAAAAGAAAAUCCAUAUUACAUCGAAGACAGACUGAGAAAAGUUUAUCCUUAUUACUUUAAUCAUUUAACGUAUUGUAAAAAGCGAUGGGCUAAACGAACUUUGAUUGAUAUCUAUUCUUGUGAAUUCGGUCUAUAUCCUCGAAAUGAACUUGAGAGAAGAAUUUUAUCAGGUGCAGUAAAAGUCAAUGGGGAACCAGUUGAUUUAGAAUACGAAUUGAAAUUAUCAGACGUUCUUUCGUCAAAAGUCCACAGGCAUGAAUUGCCUGUAUUAGCUGCUUCUAUAAAAGUUAUUUAUGAAGAUGAAAAUUUCGUGGUUAUCGAUAAACCCCCAUCAAUUCCUGUACACCCUUGUGGUUUAUACAGAUAUAAUUCGGCAGUAUUUAUUCUAGAACAGGAAGGGAACUGGAGAGACUUGCAUGUAAUUCACAGGCUUGAUAGACUAACAUCAGGUGUUUUGAUUUUUGCAAAAAAUGUUGAAAGUUCGCGUAAAAUACAUGAAGAUUUGAAUAUGCGUGAUGUAACGAAGGAAUAUAUUUGUAGAGUCGAAGGUGAAUUUCCUGAUGGUGUUAUUAUGUGCAAUAAACCUCUCAAGCAUUUCUAUAACAAGAUAGGGAUCGCUCUUGUUCACCCAAGGGGGAAAAUUUCAGUCACAGAAUUUCAAAAAUUAAGUUUCAAUGGUAAAUCUAGUGUAGUGAAAUGUAAACUUUAUACUGGUAGGACUCAUCAGAUUAGGGCUCAUCUUCAAUAUUUGGGGUUCCCAAUUCUUAAUGAUUCUCUUUACAAUAGUUAUAUUUUUGGGCCUGAAAAGGGUAAACAUGGUAAAAUUCACAAAAGUAUUGAUAAGCUUUUGAAAGAUCUUGUUGAAAUCCAUUCUACUGAAUGGUUUGUGAAAGAUGAUGAAAAAAAGACACCUUGCAACUCUGAAACAGAUACAAAUAUUUCAAAAUUACUUUUGGAUAUGAAUUGCUAUAACAUGGAUGCAAUGUUACAUAGUGAUGCAUAUAAAAAAAAUUCAUCUAGACUUUACAGAGAUGAAGAUUGCUUUUUUUGUAAUAAUGUCUUAUGUGAUCCCAAACCCUCCAACCUGUUUAUGUUCCUCCAUGCUCACAUAUAUAAAUCUGAUAAAUGGGAAUUUCAAACUGAUAUGCCUAUUUGGGCAUCUGAUGAUUGGAAUAUUAUGUAAAAUAAAAAAUAUUUAUUAUUUUUCUGUAUUAAAAUUUAAUUUUAAUGAAAUCACCCUGUUUUAUUUUUUAAUCAUUGAGUUUAAAGUUUAAUUAUUUUGUACAUGGAUACA